AUUUUAAUUUUCACAUGGACAUUAUUGAGACGGAAGACAUUUAUCGCGGACGGGUGUGUGACGAAGUACUUCCGGGUAUCAAGAGCCUGUUGGCUAACGUUAGCUGAAAUCUCAACUCCACAUUUUACUACAAAGUGGAUCAGCGCUAACAGAAACAUCGAAGCAGGAUGGAUGGAGAAGAGAGAACUUAUGGUGGCUGUGAAGGGCCAGAUGCCAUGUAUGUGAAGUUAAUCUCUUCAGAUGGCCAUGAGUUUAUCGUGAAAAGAGAACACGCUUUGACAUCUGGGACCAUCAAAGCCAUGUUGAGUGGACCAGGUCAGUUUGCUGAGAACGAAACCAAUGAAGUGAACUUCAGGGAGAUUCCGUCUCAUGUCCUGUCCAAGGUCUGCAUGUACUUUACAUACAAAGUCCGUUACACCAACAGCUCCACAGAAAUACCUGAGUUCCCCAUCGCUCCGGAGAUCGCACUGGAACUGCUCAUGGCUGCAAACUUUUUGGAUUGCUAAAAUUAUGAAGAUAAUGUAGUAGCUUAAAACACUUUUUAGAUUUUUUUUGAAUAUUUAAACUGUUUUGACAUUUUCAUCACAUUAACCUUUUUUUUUGCACCUGGCUUUCUGUCACAAUUUUAUUAGUAUUAAAGGAUUUCAUUUUAAUGUAAUAAAUGGAUAUGGCAGGCUGCAUCACUUGCCUCAGAAUGUGACAAAUUUGCCCCUGCUUCAUACGUAUUUCCUCACCUCUCCAGCUUAAUAAAGACAUGUUUGGUGAGCA